GGUGGCGGUAUGCUCAUUUACAGACAUGGUUACAACCCGCCAAUAAACAAAGCAUAGGAAGAAGAAGCGGCAGCAGUAGCUACAAAGACAUUCAACAAAGGAACUGUUCACGUAGAAUAUUGGCAUUUGGUAAUCAAAACGUCGUACACAAUGAGAGGAGACCGAGGAAGGGGGCGAGGAGGCCGCUUUGGAUCCCGUGGUGGACUGGUUCAGGGGUACCGUCCAUUUGUUCCACACAUUCCAUUUGAUUUUUACGUGUGUGAGAUGGCCUUCCCCAGAGUGAAGCAUGCACCUGAUGAAACAGCUUUCAGUGAAAGUCUUUUGAAGAGAAACCAGGACUUGAGCCCCACACCUGCAGAGCAGUCGUCCAUCUUAUCCCUGGUAACUAAGAUCAAUAAUGUCAUCGACAACCUGAUUGUUGCACCUGGAAACUUUGAAGUGCAAAUUGAAGAGGUGCGUCAAGUGGGUUCAUACAAGAAGGGCACAAUGACAACAGGACACAAUGUUGCUGACCUGGUUGUAAUCCUCAAGAUCCUCCCUACAUUGGAGGCAGUUGCUGCUCUUGGGAAUAAAGUAGUGGAGACCCUUCGAACACAGGACCCUACUGAAGUACUGUCCAUGCUGACCAAUGAGACAGGCUUUGAGAUCAGUUCAGCUGAUGCCACCGUCAAGAUUCUCAUCACAACGGUCCCUCCCAACCUUCGCAAGCUGGACCCAGAGCUGCACUUGGACAUCAAGGUACUACAGAGUGCACUUGCUGCCAUCCGCCACGCCCGCUGGUUUGAAGAGAAUGCUUCUCAGUCAACGGUCAAAGUACUGAUUCGCCUGCUGAAAGACUUGAGGCUGCGGUUCCCUGGUUUUGAACCUCUCACACCCUGGAUCCUGGAUCUUUUGGGCCACUCAGCAGUGAUGAACAAUCCCUCUAGGCAGCCCCUGUCGCUGAACAUGGCCUACAGACGCUGCCUGCAGAUGUUGGCUGCUGGUCUCUUUCUGCCUGGGUCUGUGGGAAUCACUGACCCAUGCGAAAGUGGAAACUUCAGAGUACACACAGUCAUGAAUCUGGAACAGCAGGACAUGGUGUGUUUUACAGCGCAGACACUGGUGAGGGUUCUGUCUCAUGGAGGCUACAGGAAGAUUCUUGGUCUCGAGGGAGAUGCCAGCUAUCUGGCAACAGAGAUGUCUACAUGGGAUGGUGUGAUUGUAACUCCUUCGGAGAAGGCCUAUGAGAAACCUCCAGAGAGGAAGGAAGAAGAAGAGGAGGCUCUGGAGGAAGGAGGAGAUGGAGAGGAUGAGAGCAUGGAGACCCAAGAGUAACGAAGAGUGAAUGUUAUCUGCUCGGCCAGCUUGAUGUGUAUCCAGAAAAAUCCAGCAGCAGGAUAAGUGUUCACCAGCCGACACAGGUCCCCUGAUGUGUAUGCAUAAAAACAUUUUUGUCUUUACCUUGGUUUUCUUUCUGAUUAUGUAAUUUUGUUUAAAAUCUUUUUUUUUUUCAACAAUGAACAACAAAAUGUUCAUUUUUAAUACUUACAAAAUCUUUUCCAGACAAUGACUGACAGUAAACUGAAAUUUAUGGACAUUACCAAAAAAA